GAUAUCAGAGAGCGUUAAGGUGCCACCAUCACCGCACGUGCGUCCGAUCUUCGUCCGUUUAGGGCUCUCGAUGGGGAUCCACUUCGUUGAGUAGUGUCGGCUCUAAACACCAAAGGGGAAAAGGAUAUGCAUGAAGGUCGUACUGCCAGGCUAUGGACAUGCGAUAGAACGUGAAGAGACCAGGACAGAAUAUUUCACUGCACGUGCAUGGUCUGAUUGUUUGCCCUUAUAAGCCCUGGGUUUGUUCCUGAGAUAUGGUGGAAUAGGUCUGUGGCCCAUAUCCCUCGCCUCAUCAUUCUUUCGGUCUUCCCUGUAUUUUACGGUGAAUAGCUUUUUGGUUACUGAGAUUUAUCAUUGAUUAUGUUCAACUUGCAGUCAUUCGGCCAAGUGCUGCCACUGCUAAUGGGCACUGCCCUGGCAGCGGUUAGUUAUCCACCAAUUCCAGAGGACUUGACGACCCCGUAUCAACAACGUCUUGCGAUCUAUGGUCCAAAUGCCGUCUCGGUAGGUUGGAACACCUAUGAGAAACUAAACCAAAGCUGUGUCCAAUAUGGUACUUCCGAGGCCAAGCUCGACGCGCAGGCUUGCUCUUCGACCUCGUCGACAUACGCAACCUCUCGAACUUAUUCCAAUGCGGUUGUCCUCACAGGGUUGACUCCAGCAACAACAUACUACUAUAAAAUUGUUUCCACGAAUUCCAGUGUGGAUCACUUCCUCAGUCCUCGCAGUCCUGGCGAUACCACGCCUUUCAACCUCGAUGUAGUCAUCGAUCUUGGGGUCUUUGGAAAGGACGGCUAUACUAUAACCUCCAACAACGCUAAGAAGAGCAGUAUUCCAUCGAUUGACCCAGCGCUGAACCAUACCACCAUUGGCCGCUUAGCUGACACCGUCGAUGACUAUGAAUUCAUCAUUCAUCCCGGCGAUUUUGCCUACGCCGAUGAUUGGUACCUCAAGCCGAAAAAUCUAUUGGAUGGCAAAGAUGCCUACCAGGCCAUCCUGGAGCAGUUCUAUGACCAGCUGGCCCCGAUUAGUGGACGCAAGCCGUAUUUGGUUUCGCCAGGAAACCAUGAGGCAGCCUGUGGCGAGAUCCCCUUUACAACUGGUCUCUGCCCUCUGGGACAGCGUAAUUUCACUGCGUACAUGCAUCGGUAUGACGAGACCAUGCCUAGUGCCUUUACUUCCUCGUCCUCGAACAGCACGGCCCAAAAGCUGGCCUUAAAAGCUCGGAGUCUCGCUCAGCCACCAUUCUGGUACUCAUUCGAGUACGGAAUGGUUCAUGUUGUCAUGAUCAAUACCGAGACGGACUUCCCCUCGGCCCCCGAUGGACAGGAUGGAUCGGCCAAACUCAAUAGUGGCCCGUUUGGCCAAGAUGGCCAACAACUGGCAUUUCUCGAGGCAGACCUUGCCAGUGUCGACCGGUCUGUGACGCCCUGGGUGAUUGUUGCCGGGCACAGGCCGUGGUACUCGACCGGCCUCAGCUCCAACAUCUGCAAGCCGUGCCAAGAAGCCUUCGAAGAACUAUUUUAUAGGUACGGUGUUGAUCUCGGAGUGUUUGGCCACGUGCACAACUCUCAACGUUUUUUGCCGGUCUACAAAAACACGGCAGAUCCCAACGGUAUGAAUGAUCCAGCGGCUCCUAUGUAUAUUGUCGCUGGUGGUGCUGGCAACAUCGAAGGUCUGAGCUCGGUUGGCUCCAAGCCGUCAUACACCGAGUUCGUUUACGCCGAUGACUAUAGUUACAGCACUCUCCGCAUCCUUGACGCAAACAAUCUCCAGGUGGAUUUUAUCCGCUCUUCCACCGGAGAGGUUCUCGACUCGAGCAAGCUGUAUAAGAGUCACAAGGAGCAGUUUGUUGUCCAGUGAGAUAGGGCUCACCAGUGUUCUCGUUGGUGUGUGAAACUUAGUGUGACACAGUCAGACCAUGGUCUCUUUGGAGGAUAUGUUUUGGCCCCAAUUGUAUAUCAUGCAUAAUUUCAAACGUCUUCUUCUUGCGUCCUGUUCAGUACUUACAUCUCUAAUGCCUGCAUACUACACC